GCCCAGCCCAGCCCUGCCCACGUUGCCCUGAGGUUGAAAUGCAGAAGUCAAGGCUCUUUCGUCGGGAAGUAGAUUUUGUUGUAGCCUUUUUUCUCUCGUGUCCUUGCUACCUACGCGGUGGAAACCAGAGAGCUGCUGGGGCUAGUGCAACCGGGAGCGCAGGAGGCUGGGAGCCCAUCUCCGGGCACAGGUCCCCGUUUGGGAUUUAGGGCAGCCCCAGAGGUGUCCUGCUCAGAGGAAUGGAACCUGCCUUUGGGGAAGUGAACCAGCUCGGGGGGGUGUUUGUCAACGGGAGACCCCUGCCCAAUGCCAUCAGGCUGCGGAUUGUGGAACUGGCGCAACUGGGUAUCAGGCCGUGUGACAUCAGCCGGCAGCUCCGCGUUUCCCACGGCUGUGUCAGCAAAAUCCUGGCUCGCUACAACGAGACUGGCUCAAUUCUACCGGGGGCUAUCGGAGGUAGUAAGCCUCGGGUCACCACCCCCACGGUGGUAAAACAUAUCCGGACCUACAAACAAAGGGAUCCGGGCAUCUUCGCCUGGGAGAUCCGGGAUCGCCUGCUGGCCGAUGGCGUGUGUGACAAGUACAACGUGCCGUCGGUCAGCUCCAUCAGCCGCAUCCUCCGGAACAAAAUCGGGAACCUGUCCCAGCAGAGCCACUACGAGUCCUACAAGCAGCACCAGCCUCCCACACAGCCUGCUUUGCCCUACAACCACAUCUACUCCUACCCCAGCCCCAUCGCUGCUGCAGGAGCCAAGGUGCCAACCCCUCCCGGGGUGCCAGCGAUCCCCAGCACCAUGGCCAUGCCUAGGACGUGGCCGUCCUCCCACUCGGUGACGGACAUCCUGGGGAUCCGCUCCAUCACAGACCAAGCAGUGAGCGAAACCUCGCCUUACCCCAACCCCAAGGUGGAGGAGUGGAGCAGCCUGGGCAGAAACAGCUUCCCCUCCCCCGCCCAGCACACCGUGAACGGGCUGGAGAAGAGCUCCCUGGAGCAAGAGGCCAAGUACAGUCAGGUGAUCUGGAUGGCACCCCAUUCGAACCCCAUUUGUGAGACCUGCCUCUUACUGGCCACCUGCUUCCACGGCCAAAACACAGUGCCCUGCCCACCAACCCACAUGGCUUCAGGGCAUUCCACCCGGAUGAAACUAAUAAAGAAAGUCAGAGAGGCACCCAAUGGCCUCCCUGCUGUCGGCAGUUUUGUGUCAGCACCAGCCAUGCCUCCCUAUGCCACACCAGCCCAAGUAUCACCUUACAUGACAUACAGCGCUGCACCGUCUGGCUACAUGGCCAGCCACGGCUGGCAACAUGCUGGAGGCACCCCACUGUCCCCUCACAGCUGUGACAUCCCAGCCUCGCUGGCGUUCAAGGGCAUGCAGACGGCCAGGGAGGGCAGCCACUCGGUCACAGCCUCCACUCUCUGAUGCAGGAGCUGGUCCAGGACCAACAGGAGCAAGCUGGCUGGUCGUCCCCUGAACCUGGCUCAUGGACCAAUCUCUUUGUGCCACUGACACCCGGCAUUUCUCCUCGUGACUUGUCUCCUGUAAGGCUUUUGGGAUUUAAAGAGCUGAAGACAACAUCAGAAACUGAGAAGUGUGGUGUUGCGCUCUUUAAGUAAAGACCUUGCGUCCCUCAAAGGGCUCAUGGAGCCUUGUCCCACGCUUUCCUGGUCAAACCACAUGUAUUUAUUAUUAAUCAUGACAGACUUUCUAAAUGUGCAAUUGUUAUUAAGAUUUGUGUAAAAAUCAAUAAAGAAAAAUCACCACAGAAAAUUCUGUUAUGCCUCACAUCAGCAAACGUGGCUAAAUAGGAGGAGUUUGCCCAUUGCCUAGAGAAUAACCCUUUCAUCGAUGAGGUUAUACAAUACACUAUUAAGACAUCACUUUUGGUUGUUUUGUUGGGUUUUGUUCAUCAAAUAUAGAACCAAGGUAAUAGGUGGCUCUCAGAUUCUCUGGCACGUUGCCAUCAUCAGGCAGUAGUAAUACCUUUGUGUUUUUAUCCAUUUGUAAAUAUAGGCUUUUGGCAGCAUUUGUUCUCACUUUCCAGCUCAUUUAUUUCUACCUUUUUUUUUAGGUUAAAAAGGUGACUUUCUAGCUAUUUUCUGUGACUUUGUGUGGUGAGUUCAUAGCCUCAGGUGAUGAGGUUUAGGUACUUUUUUUUCGUGUUUUUGUGCCUACAGCAGGAACUUUGACAUCUCAUGCAAUACAGUUAUGUCUUCAGCAGAAGACUCAAAGGCAGAAAUCCAGCCAAAUAAAUCUCCCCAGCUAUAUUCAGCCUCCCAGAUAAAUGAAAACCCAUAUUCGUGUCAAGUGUGCAAACAGAAAUGGAAACUGAAAACUAUGGAGGAAACUGCCAUUAGUGUGCAAUUUGUGCCGAGAUGCUUACAAAACCAUGUCUGUCGACAAACCCACUGAGAAACAGAAUAACACACCGAGAAACAGAAUUGUACCAUCACUGUUGGCUCCUUUGUGUCCAGCAUUUUCAACCCCAAGACUAUGUUGUAAUUUUUUUAAGAAGUUGUCUUUAGUUUCUACUUUAACAAUUGUGAAAAUAUGGCUUUUGGUAAAGUUUACAUUGUUGUUCUGAAGCUGUUUUUUCCCUUAUAGGUGUACUGGUGGCGGUGCUACAAACACAGAUAUUAUUUAAUAUUAACAAGUUCCCUUUCUACAUUUCUGUAUCCAGUGGCAAGUAAUCUAUGCCAGUUAUUUUGCUUUAAACUUUAAUCCCAAGAGAGCUAAUGUUCUGAUCUUUGAAAAUUUACCUGCUUUCCUUGGGCAAUAAUAAAGUUCCAACUGUUAUUCCAGAA